UGUUUCCUAUCUUAAAUCAAAAUAGUUUAAUUCAAAAUUUGACAUCUGGGGCCCCAAAAACAUAUCACACUGGAACAUAUAUUUUUUUGUUCUUUAAUUUAGGUACUAAAAACCGCGGAGUGAUGGCUGGGGGGAAAAAGGCACCAGAACCAGAGCCAGUGCCAGCUGAACCAGAGCCCACAGGAUCGAGAUGGAAAAAACAGAAACCCCCCGAACCACCACCUGAACCAGAGCCACCACAACCCACAGGAUCGAGGGAAAAAAACAGAAAGUCCCCGAACCACCGCCUGAACCUGAGCCACCGCAACCCACAGGAUCGAGGGGGAAAAAACCCCCCCGAACCGCCACCAGCACUCCCGAUUGCAAAGCACCAGAAAAAGCAGAAGACUCGCAAUUGCGGCCUCUACAAGGCGACCUUCUACAGCAACAUAGGAUCCUUCCUCUUCGGGAUCGCAGUGGGUUGGACAGCAGCGACGGAGAAGUCGGUUAUGGACCGGAGCUUCUACAAGUUUCACACUUCUCCGGGCGAGUGGAGUGCGGUCUGCAAUAUGCUGACCCUCGGAGCGGCGCUCUGGUGCAUUCCCGUGGGCCUGAUGGCCAGGAGCUGCGGCUGCAAGCGCACCAUCCUCAUCCAGGCGGUGCCCAACACCCUCGGCUGGUUCAUCAUCGUCUUCGCGCAGAGCGUAACCAUGCUGUACCUGGGCCGCUUCAUCCUGGGGAUGUGCGGGGGAGCCCACUCCGUGGUGGUGCCCAUCUACCUGGCCGAGAUCAGCACCGCCAAGAAACGCGGCGCCAUGGUGGUGCUCUAUCAGGGCGCCUGCAUCUGCGGCGUCUUCUACAGCUUCGCCAUGUCGGUCUUCGUGGAGAUGUGGAUCUUCCACGUUGUGACUUUGGCACUGCUCCCCCUGCUGUUCCUGCAGAUUCUCAUGCCGGAGACACCGGGCUACUACGUGGACAGGGGCAAAAUUGGUGAGGCGGAGGAGACGCUCCGCUGGCUGCGGGGCAAGAAGUACAACCCGCGGAGGGAGAUCGACCACCUGGCGGGGCACGAAACCUACAGUGAACAGGACGCGCGGCAAGGACCGCUGCGAGGCUUCAAGUUCAAGAAGAUACGAAGGAGUCUCGCGCGGUGCUUGGCGCUCGCCGUGUUCCAGAAGCUCUGUGGCGCCCUCAUCUUUAUAUUCUUUGGCCAACAGUUGAUGAACUGCCUCCGGAUCCAUCACAUUUACUUAUCCGUUGUCUGCCUGGCGGUGGCCCUUGGUUGCCUCGCCUGCUUUCUCCUCGUGGAUCGCCUGGGUCGCCGGCCACUGCUCAUAUUGUCCACGGUGGUGAUCUUCUUCGUGUCCGCCUUCCUGGGACUGUACUUCAAGAUCUGGAUGUCCUCGGACUUCCCCGUGCUCUCCUGGACCGCCCUCGUCUGCAUCGCGCUCUUCAUGGGCGCCCACAUGGUGGGUUUGGGCACGCUCUUCUGGGUCCUGAAUGUGGAGCUCAUUGUGCGGUACAUGCGACCGGUGGGCUGCUCCCUCAUCCUCACCUGCAACUGGCUGACCGCCGUGUUCGUCCUCUGCUGGUACUCCGGCCACGAGAUGAAGUGCCAGCCGUACCUCUUCAUGCUCUUCGCCAUCAUCGCCCUGAUGAGCCUGCUCUUCUGCAUGGUCUACAUCCCCGAAACCAAGCUACUCUCGUCGGAGAAGAUCCAGGAACGGCUGGGUGGCAUCAUGAACCGUCCCACGGCCGUCACCUUCACGUCCAGCAGCGACACCUCAUUGUGAUCUCAAAUAAAUUCAAGUGUUACAUAAAGGUUAUUAAGUAAA